UGCAGCCUGAGGGGAGCCAGACGCUCUCAGGCCCGAAAACACAACAAUUAGAGAAAAAAAUCUGGAAAAAUCCGAAACGCACCGAUCGAGGUGAGAAGCGGCGCGAGGCGGCGGCCGGGGUGUGCCGCGGCGGGAAAGUGGUCCGGUCCGGGAUGGAAGCGGACCGGGACUCCAUGUGAAGCGGACUAAUGCGGGGCUGGAAACUUUUCGGACAGUCAAAAUGCAGAGCAGCGUUUCCCACUCACCGCCAACCAUAGCUGUUGGGACCGGGUGAGGAGGAGAAGAGAGAGGAGGAGAGCACCGAGUUUUUACAGAUCUCAUCCGACCUUGAUGCUUCCCUUCCGGUGAGCUGUUGGUCAACUUCUUCUACGUCACCCCCCGGCAGCGCCCCACAUUGAGCCUGCACGGCAGGGAGCCACACCUGAAGUUUCAUGGCAGCGGCGUUCUGAGGCUGCCAUGGCAGCUGCUGCCGCCGAUGCCUCACACCGUAUUACCGCACUGACGCCGGAGGAAGAGGGACGACGGACUGCCGCCAAGCUGUUUGGGAGCGCCGCCGCGCUGCCACGGACUGAGAGAGAGCGAGAGAGAGAGAGGGGGAAAGAGAGAGAGAGGGGGAGGGAGGAGGAAGAGAGUGGGAAAGCGAGUGGGAACGAGUGUUUGGUGUGCGGAGGUCUGUUCACCUCACAGGAGAAGCUGCGGCUCCACGCUUUGACUCACACAGGAGAGAAACCCUUCCACUGCUCACAGCCACUCUGCCCCAAGGCCUUCAGCUCCAAGUACAAGCUGUUCAGGCAUAUGGCCACACACUCUCCACAGAAGACCCACCAGUGCUCGUUCUGUGAGAAGAUGUUCCACCGCAAAGACCACCUGAAGAACCACCUGCAGACACAUGACCCCAACAAGGAGGCCUUCAAGUGUGACGAGUGUGGGAAGCACUACAACACCAAGCUGGGCUACAAGCGCCAUGUGGCCAUGCACUCGGCCACGGCCGGAGACCUCACCUGUAAGGUGUGCAUGCAGAUGUACGAGAGCACGCCGGUUCUCCUGGAGCACCUGAAGAGCCACUCGGGGAAGUCGUCAGGAGGAACCAAGGAGAAGAAACACCCGUGUGACCACUGCGACCGCCGCUUCUAUACCAGGAAGGACGUGAGACGCCACAUGGUCGUCCACACAGGCAGGAAGGACUUCCUGUGUCAGUACUGUGCCCAGCGCUUCGGCAGGAAGGAUCACCUGACGCGCCAUGUGAAGAAGAGCCACUCCCAGGAGCUGCUGAAGAUCAAGACGGAGCCCCCUGACAUGUUGGGUCUGCUGGCAUCAGGGUCCCCCCCCUGCUCAGUGAAGGAGGAGCUCAGCCCCAUGAUGUGCGCCAUGGGGCCAAACAAAGACCCCAUGAUGGGCAAACCAUUCCCCGGUGGUCCCCCGUUCCCCAUGAGCAUGUACAACCCUCACCACCUCCAGGCCAUGUCUAACUCAGGGGGGGGCCACCCCCACCCGUCCCUGAUGCCCCCCUCCCUGUCUGCAGCCAUGAACAUGGGCUGUCACAUGGAGUCCCCUGGACCUUUACACCCACACUCCCUGCACCACCAUCACCACCACCAUCACCACCACCAUCAUUCCCCCCCACUGCCCCCCCAUCACCAGCCCCAGGCCCCCCAGCAGCAGCACCAGCCCCAGCAGGUCCCCAAGUACCAGCUGGGAUCUACCUCAUACCUGCUGGACAAGCCCCUCAAAGUGGAGAUGGAGAGCUUCCUCAUGGAUCUGCAGAGCGGCUCGCCAGGCCCCACCCCUUCUGCGGACCCCCACCCUGCUGCCUCACCCCGCAAGGAUGGGCUGGAGCCCUCGGCGGGCUUGGCAGAUGAGCUGUGUGGGGGCCCCCUCCUGUCCAAGAGCCCUGUGGUGAUCGCUGAUUCUCUUUGUGCUGCUAACAUGGACCUCUCCCACCUGCUGGGCUUCCUGCCCCUCAACCUGCCCCCCUAUAGCGCCCCCAUGAGUACAGGAGGCCUGGUGAUGGGCUACACCUCAUCUGCGACCUCCUCCAUUUCUUCCAUCUCCUCUUCCUCAUCUCUGCAUACUGCAGAGCCGCAUGCUGCAGCAGCCGCCGUCACCACGGCACCUCUUACCUCUUUGCAACCGCAACCUCAGGAGCAACAGAGCUCCAGCGGGGGUCUGAACCUCGGGCCCCUGCACCCCCUCCCAUCAGUGUUCAGCUCCAGCCUCAGCACCACCACACUGCCUCGCUUCCACCAGGCCUUCCAGUGAGAGAGCCUCUGGCUCGGCUCGGCCUGGCUCAGAUUGGGGUCUGUGUUUGGUGAAUGAUGAAAUGAACACUUGGAAGCCUUAAAGCGCACAAAAGCUUUUUUUCUGAGCCUUACAGGAAGUUUAACCCUUUAAAGAAAAGGAACACAGUGAGGAAAGAAGCUUUUGUUCUCCUCUAGUUAUAACUACGUAUUAACCCUUUAUCUUAUGACCUUUUACUCCCUUUGUCCCCUCAUGUUAGUAGUAUAGAGGGCAGCAUCCGUAGGCCUAAAGGCGUGGUACUGCACACUUUCUAAAGUAAUAAUAUUAAAACAUCAACGAGCAUUUUAGUGAAGAUUAUCCGUCUUGUUGUGACCCAGAAAAAAAAGAUUUAGUUUGAAGUGGAUAUUUUGUUUGACUUUAUUUUGACUUUCCGAUGUCAGAAACAUGUCUGGAGUUUAAACCUCAAAGACCCUCGAAUCUGUCUCCAUCAGUCCCACAGCCCAGUGAACCAAUCAAGACCCAGAUCAGCUCGAAACUCCGCCCCUCCAGGGCUUCCUGAGCCACGAAAAAAGAACUGACCCCCACCUGAAAGAAAAAAAACACAAAAGAAAAGAGUCCCUUUAAACUGAUGUGCUCGUAGAGUCAGGCCAGUUUCACACACACACACACACACACUGAAAGGACAGAGUGUGUGUUGUUCUUUAACGGCUCCUCCAGAGAAGCACUUUUUUUUUAGCACUUCACCUUCAGGAAACUUCUGGUCUCCUUCCUCCUCUUCCUCCUCUCCCUCCUCCUCUUCCCACUCCCCCUCCUCCUCCUCUCCUUCCUCCUCC